AUGUUCGCUAAAGCUAAAGGAGACCUAAUAAAAGCCGCUAAGGCCUUUAGUAAUAUAGUAACUAAUAUCGAUAUAAACUUCGGUACUAGCGGCGACGAUAAUAUCGAUAUAAACUUCGGUACUAGCGGCGACAACGACGACUACAACCCUACUAGCGCUAAUAGUAACGACGAUAGCGAUAACGAGAAUAAGCCUUUUAUUAGCCCUGCUGCCGUAGCCUUCGAUGCUGCCGCCCUCCCCCCUCCUACUACUACUACCGCCGCUACCCUCCCUCCUCCUCCUACUACUACUACCGCCGCCGCCCUCCCUCCUCCUCCUACUACUACUACUACCGACGCCCUCCCUCCUCCUCCUCCUACUACUACUACCGACGCCCUCCCUCCUCCUACUACUACUACUGCCGCCGCUGUCCCUUUCUUCGCUCCGCCGGCCGUAGCACUAACGAUAGGCAGGCAGGAGAGUAGUAGUCUCCGGACACUAUCGACCCGGCCUAUACGAAUCGCUAUAAGCAGCUACGCUACGUUAUCCCUUACUCCUAUCGCGACGAGGAGCUUAGGCUCCUACUUAAGAAGAGCCUAG